UGUAGAACACUACUACCACUGUUUCUUUGUAGAUAACUGUAUAAAAAUUAAAUUACAGGAAGUAUAAUAUAUUUCUUACUAUAAUUUCGAUGCAGCAUACGAUAGGAGUAGGUGUACUUCUUUUUGUGUUCAGUUAUUAUGGAGAAUGUUCACAUUUCAGAGGAGGAACUAUAAGCUGGAAACCUAUACAUGGCCAUACGAUUGAAUUCACAUUCAAAAUGGGAUGGACUUUUGGAAGUGGACCAGGAUGUUCAAAUAACAAAAUCGGACAGUUUGUUAACACAACAUUUAUAGGUGAUAAAAUCUGGAAAUGUGAUCAAGGUUGUAAAGUGCCAAAGAAACCAGUAGGUACUGUUUUCUAUUAUUGUACUGGUGCCAAUGAAAUAGGUAGUGAUGCUGAAAAGUGGGAACAAGGAGAAAAUCGUUUUCAAGAGACAUUCAUUGGAAAUGGACCUUUUAUUAUUAGUUAUACUGGAGCGAUGUGGAUGAAUUUAGAUUUUGGUAAUCCAAAUGGAUGGAACCUUCAAACAACAAUAGAUCUCAGAAUUAGAGACGAUAUAAACUCUACAAAUUCCAGUCCAAUAACUGCCAGUAAACCACUAUAUACAUUACAGUUUUCUUGUUACCACGAGCUUAAACUACCAAUGUAUGAUCCCGAUGGUGAUCUGGUUAAAUGUAGAUGGGCCGUUGGUAGAGAAUGUGAUAGUGUGUGUCAUGCAAUGCCGUCUGCUAGUUUAGACGAGGAUACUUGUACAUUAAAGUUCAACACUUCUGCUGGAAGUAACUACACAAAUAACGGUUGGUAUGCAGUUGCAUUGACGUUUGAAGACUUUCCAACGAAAACAAUACACGUUGGUAAUGAGCAAUUCAAUGAGACAACACCUAUGUCAACUGUCCCAUUACAGUUUCUCAUUCAUUUGGUGGGGAAAAAUUCACCAUGUAAUUGGAAACCAGAAUUUGUCUCGCCCACUCCUUCUGCGGGAACAAAAAUCAGCAUAUCUGCUGGGAAAUCAUUUACACAGAAGAUAUAUGCUGCAAACUUGGCAAAUAAAAAAGAAACUGUGACCAAACUUAGUCUAACCAGACCAGCAGGAAUGGUUGUGAAAGGUCCGACAAACGUUCCAAACAGAGCUGGCGUCGUUUCCUGGGAAUUGUCAUGGACACCGACAGUAAACGAUCAAGGGAAUCACAUUGUAUGUGGCAUGGCUGAAGACAGCACAGGACAUACAAGUGACACGAGAUGCAUAACACUGAUAGCCUGGGAUUCACCAGAUCCAUGCAGUCCAAAUCCAUGCAAAGGAAAUCAAACGUGUUCAAGAAUUGGGUCGUCACAAAACGUAGAAUGUGUUUGUCCGAAGAAGAUGAAAUUGAUUGGACAAUUAUGCAUAACAGAUAUUCCCACAACAACCCCUAUGACAACGACACCAACGACUACUACAACAACAACGACGACCACGCCAACUACGACAACAACGACAACAACCACACCAACGACGACAACAACGACGCCAACGACGACAACAACGACGCCAACAACGACCACAACCGCUCCAACGACGACCACGACCAUACCAACGACGACAACAACCACGCCAACGACAACCACGACCACACCGACGACAUCAACGACCAGACAAACUACGACGCCAACGACGAUAUUACCGACCACAACUACCACAGCAGCGAUUCAAACAACAAUUUCUACAGCAAAGCCAAUCAUGAUACAAACCAAAACUACACCAGCAAAUACUAAGAACAGAAAGAACACACAACAGACAACAUCACAGAUGAGAUCAGUAACAAAGAUUACGUCGCAAAAUGGUAAUUCUGUAAAACAGGGCCAAACGUCCAAUGUACACAAGAAGAUCCCAGGACAUAACUGCUUUAAGUCAGAGCCGGUGGUUUUGUUUGCAACAUUUUGUUCUAUUUUACUGUUUGCAUUGGGAGCAGCUGGCGGCAUAUUGGGAUAUAUGGUGUUCAAAAUGAAAAAUCAACUUAAAGUAAUGGAUUCGUCAAACGACAGUUUUGACAUAAAUUCAGAAAAGUGAAACCAUUUCAGAUUUAGUUUCAAUUGUUAAUGUGAAAUGAAUAAUUUGAUUGAGAAAAAAAUGUAUUUUGGACAUCGAAAACAAAUGAAUUAUUUGAUGUGAUACGAAACACUAGAAUUUAGUCUUAAUUCUUGACAGAGGAACCAUUGUUAUCUUUGUAUUUAAAUUUAUUGUUUCGUUGUUGAUUUCAAGGA